UCUGUGUUCCUGUAUUGUAGUUUGUUAAUUAGACAAUGAGGAUGUCAACACCGGCGAGGGAGAGAUUGAUGAGGGAUCUCAAGCGGUUACACCAGGAUCCUCCUGCUGGCAUCAAUGGUGCACCUGUUGACAACAAUAUUAUAAUGCUAUGGAAUGUUGUUAUAUUCGGUCCCGAUGACACUCCAUGGGAUGGAGGUGAGACAAUGCUUACACUUCAAUUUACAGAGGAUUAUCCUAACAAGCCACCAAGAGUGCGCUUUAUCUCCAGAAUGUUCCAUCCAAAUAUUCAUGCAGAUGGAAGUAUUUUCUUGGACACCUUGCAAAAUCAAUGGAGUCUUCUAUAUGACGUCGCUGCUAUACUUACCUCAAUACAGUCUUUACUCUGUGAUCCAAACCCUGUCUUCUCAGCUAAUGCAGUAGCAGCACACCUGUUCGGUGUGAAUAAGCGCGUCUUCAACAGGAAGGUGCGUGAAAUAGUUGAGCAAAGCUGGACAGAAGACUAA